AUGCCAGUAAAACGCAAUAAGUCCCAUACGCUUCCAUUCGCACACCGAAAGAAUAUAGCAAGAUUAGGACUUGCGCCGCGGGGAAAUUUAUUACUUUCUGUUGAUGAAGAUGGCCGCGCGAUAUUGACCAACGUACCGAGACGAAUCGUCCUUCACCACUUUUCCUUCAAAUCGGCUGUAUCAGCUAUUUCGUUCUCUCCAUCCGGACGCCAUUUUGCUGUGGGAGUUGGGCGAACGAUCGAGGUAUGGCAUACACCCUCAACACCAGAUACAAAUUCAGAGGGGGAAUUGGAGUUCGCCCCAUUUGUUCGACACAGAGUCUAUGCUGGGCACUAUGAUACUGUUCAGAGUAUUGAAUGGUCAAGCGAUUCUAGAUUCUUCCUUAGUGCAGCAAAAGAUUUGACAGCGCGGAUAUGGAGUUUGGAUCCAGAGGAUAGUUUUAUACCUACUACACUGGCCGGCCAUAGAGAAGGUGUUAUGGGCGCAUGGUUCUCAAAGGAUCAGGAGACCAUUUACACUGUCAGUAAGGAUGGAGCCGUGUUUCAAUGGGCAUACAUACGGAACCCCAAUGCUCCAGAGCCAGAGGAUGAAGAUAUGGAAGAUCCCGAUGAUGAUUCGCACACCCAAUGGAGAAUUACGGAGCGACAUUAUUUCUUACAAAAUAACGCCAAGGUCAAUUGUGUAGCAUACCAUGCCGAAACGAAUCUUUUAGUUGCUGGAUUCUCGAAUGGUGUUUUUGGACUUUAUGAAAUGCCAGAAUUUAACAUGAUCCAUACUUUGAGUAUUUCACAAAAUGACAUUGACUUUGUCACUAUUAACAAAUCUGGAGAAUGGCUUGCAUUUGGAGCCUCAAAGCUGGGGCAACUUUUAGUCUGGGAAUGGCAAUCUGAAUCAUACAUCUUGAAACAACAAGGCCAUUUCGAUUCGAUGAAUUCCCUAGUCUACUCUCCGGAUGGACAAAAGAUCAUCACUACUGCGGAUGACGGAAAGAUAAAGGUCUGGGAUGUGAAUACUGGUUUCUGUAUUGUUACAUUCACAGAACAUACCAGUGGAGUCACAGCCUGUGAGUUUGCAAAGAGAGGGAAUGUUCUUUUCACGUCAAGUCUUGAUGGAUCGAUUAGAGCUUGGGAUUUGAUAAGAUAUAGGAAUUUCCGAACCUUUACAGCUCCUACUCGACUUUCAUUUUCAUCUUUAGCUGUUGAUCCAAGUGGUGAAGUUGUUUGCGCAGGAUCUCUAGAUUCUUUUGAUAUCCACAUUUGGUCUGUGCAGACUGGCCAAUUAUUAGACAGACUAUCAGGUCACGAGGGACCUGUAUCAUCACUGGCCUUUGCGCCAAAUGGAGGCGUAGUAGUAAGUGGUAGUUGGGAUCACACAGUUAGAAUCUGGUCAAUCUUCGAUCGGACACAGACAAGCGAGCCACUUCAACUUCAAGCGGAUGUACUAGACGUUGCAUUCCGUCCCGAUUCUCUACAACUUGCAGUAUCUACUCUCGAUGGACAGUUGACAUUUUGGUCAGUUUCGGAAGCCGAACAACAAUCAGGUGUUGAUGGAAGAAGAGAUGUAUCAGGUGGUCGAAAAAUAACCGAUCGACGAACUGCAGCUAAUGCUGCAGGUAACAAGAGUUUCAGCUCUCUGAGGUAUAGUGCAGAUGGUUCUUGCGUACUGGCAGGUGGUAACAGCAAGUACAUAUGUCUGUACUCGGUGUCAUCUCUUGUCUUAUUAAAGCGCUUCACUGUCAGCGUCAACUUAUCCUUAUCCGGAACCCAAGAAUUCCUCAAUAGCAAACUCUUAACUGAAGGUGGACCAGCCGGUCUUAUCGACGACCAAGGCGAAGCCUCAGAUCUCGAAGACCGCAUCGAUCGAACUCUUCCCGGAUCUACCCGUGGUGGAGAUCCUUCCGCCCGCAAAAGACUCCCAGAAGUACGUGUCGCCGGUGUAGCAUUUUCCCCAACUGGAAGAUCCUUCUGCGCAGCUUCGACCGAAGGUCUCCUCAUAUAUAGUUUGGACACCAUGCCCCUAUUCGAUCCUAUCGAUCUCGACCUAGCCAUUACCCCCUCUUCCACUCUACACGUUCUUCAAACCGAAAAAGAUUAUCUCAAAGCCUUAGUCAUGGGCUUCCGUCUUAACGAGGCUCCUAUAAUCCGCCAAGUCUUCGAGGGUAUCCCUCACUCCAAUAUCGCCCUCGUUGUUGACGAAUUACCUGUAGUAUAUAUACCACGUCUUCUACGUUUCGUCGCCAUGCAAACCGAGGAAAGUCCACAUUUGGAAUUCUGUCUCUUGUGGGUUCAGGCUAUUCUCGUCUCACACGGUCAAUGGGUGGGCGAUAAUAGAAUUUUGGUUGAUUCCGAAUUGAGGAUUGUGGGAAGAGCAGUGGGAAGAAUCAGAGAUGAUUUAAGAAGAUUGGCGGAUGAAAAUGUUUAUAUGAUUGAUUAUCUUCUUAAUCAACCAGUUGAGAAGGUUGUUGAUGGCUUGGAUGGAGAACAUAGAGAUGUGAAUAUACAAGAUGUGGAUAUUAAUGAUGAUGAUGCGGAUGCGGAAUGGAUUGGUUUAGAUUAG